AUGGCUUCGGUACAGUCUGCGCCUGCGAUGCAGGCCGGACUUCCGCCAUUGCCCCCGAAUAUCACCAAUGCACAAAUACAAGAAGUGUACCAAAAAUUCCAACGUAUGAAGGCACAAAAUGUAUCCGAGACCGACCCCGAGUUCCUCAAGGCUCGCAACUUCCUUGCCGCCAUCCAACAGCGUCAGAAAUACCAGCAGGCGAUGAAUGCGCAGAAGAUGGCCAUGCAACAGCAGGCCCAACAACAACAGCAGCACGGGCAACAACCUGUCCAAGCUCCGCCACAGCAGCCUCAGUCUGCUCCGCAAACCAAUGGCACAUCGAACGGCGUGACUAAGAAUGGUGUUUCGGCACCGCAAACCGACGGAAACACCACAGCGAAUGCCGCCAGUCCCGCGGCAGCGCCUUCUGCUGCAGGCACGGCCGCUCAGGGUGGCGGUCCCGUUCAGCGAGCUGUGGCUCAGAACAAUGGAAGCUUCUCUCCAGACCAGCUGAACCUGCUCCGAAGCCAGAUCUAUGCGUUUAAGAUGCUGUCCAAAGGUCUGGCGCUGCCAGCGAAGGUUCAGUCACAGCUGUUCCCGUCACAGAAACCCGCGGCAGAGCCUCCUGCAGAUGCGACUUCUGCAGGUGCCGUGUCCUCGAAGGACGGCGCUGAUGCCACAGACACUACCGAGACCGAGAUCGUGCUGAGCAAAUCACAUUUCGAUUCCGCCAAGUCGCCUUACGAGUUAAUGAGCAAAUGCAUCUCUUAUGCAGAUCAUUCCGCCAGAGCCAAACGCCAGCGCAUUCCGAGCCUACUGCCACUUGGCAUCGACCCAGAGCAGGUUCGAGAAGAGCAAGAACGUGCCAUCUACAACCGCGUGCGUGCAAGGCAGGCCGAGCUGUCUGCACUUCCUGUUAAUAUCGCCUCCUGGGACACCCGGUCAUCGAGUGCGGCGGCAGAUAGCGAUGUGCUCAAGCUAAAGGCUCUCAUCGAGUACAAGAAAUUGUCCCUUCUGCAGAGGCAACGAGAGCUUCGACGAGAACUUCAGCAGGAGCUCUUCUCCUACGACAAUCUAGCUAUGACUGCCAAUAGAGCAAUGCAUCGCAGAAUGAAGAAGCAGUCACUACGGGAAGCUAAGAUCACCGAGAAGCUUGAGAAGCAGCAGCGAGAUGCCCGGGAGAACAAGGAGAAGACACGACAGUCGAACCAUCUCAAAGCCAUCCUCGACCAUGGUGCAGAUCUCCGGAACAGUGCCAUGCAGCAACGAAGCCGGUCCCAGAAACUGGGCAAGCUCAUGAUCAAUCAGCAUCAAUUCAUGGAGAAGGAAGAGCAGAAACGGAUCGAGCGUACGGCCAAGCAGCGAUUGCAAGCUCUCAAAGCCAACGACGAAGAGACGUAUCUCAAGCUUCUCGGCCAGGCCAAGGAUUCUCGCAUCAGCCAUCUUCUCAAGCAGACAGACGGUUUCUUAAAACAACUCGCUGCCUCGGUCCGCCAACAGCAGCGCAAGACUGCGGAACGCUGGGGCGACGACCAGGAUGUUUCCGAGGACGAAGUUGAUGAGGAGUCCGAUGCCGAAGACGGACCGAAGGUUGACUACUAUGCUGUUGCCCACCGAAUAAAGGAGGAAGUGAACAUACAACCAUCAAUCCUCGUGGGUGGCACAUUGAAAGAGUACCAACUCAAGGGUCUGCAAUGGAUGAUCUCGCUUUUCAACAACAACCUCAACGGCAUCUUGGCAGACGAGAUGGGACUCGGCAAGACCAUUCAAACAAUAUCGCUCAUCACGUACCUCAUCGAGAAGAAGGGCAGUGCUGGUCCAUUCCUUGUCAUCGUUCCACUCAGUACGCUCACUAACUGGACUCUGGAAUUCGAGAAGUGGGCGCCCUCGGUUAACAAGAUUGUCUACAAAGGCCCGCCGGCAAGUCGGAAGAUGCACCAGAAUCGGAUUCGUCAAGGUGGCUUUCAGGUGCUGCUGACCACAUACGAGUAUAUCAUCAAAGAUCGACCAUUCUCAGCAAGAUUCGCUGGGUUCACAUGA